CAAAUGGCGGAUACAUUUUGCCACAACGUCCCUUCUUGGAAUUUUGCCCCAAUUUAGCCCCAAUUCCCAGCUCUGCCUUUUCUUCUUCUUCUUCUUCUCAGUGUGAUUGAGCAGUGAUUCAGUCCAUUAAUGGAGCUUGAUUUCUUCGGAGAUUUACCGUCAGAAAUCACCACCAACAUCCUCUCACGCCUGCCCAUCCGAAGCCUCGCAAUCAGCAAGUCCGUUUGCAAACCAUGGCUCAAUCUAAUCGAUUCCGACGAUUUCCACAAAUCCGAAAUCAAAACCCCACCCGCCCUAGUCCUCUUGACAGAGAAGACGAUGGAUUCAACUUGGUGCGCGAUUUUCGAAUUUGAAGACGAAGACGAGAAGAGCCAUGAUUUUCACCACAUUCCGCUCAUGGAUUUGGAAAUCCCUCACGGAAACAGAGCAUCAAUGGGAGGUAUCACUGCUAAUGGCUACCCAAGAUUGCAUAGGCUCUUGUACUACUCCAACAAGACAAGAACUAUACAACAAAUGGUACAUCGAAGAUUGAAUUUGCUCGCAACAUGUAAUAUCAAGAAUCCAUUUGGCUAUUGAUGAGGCUCGUUUCAUGCAUGUGUUCUAUGGUAAAACUACAUCAAAUCCUGUAAAUUAACAACCAAUUUUGAGCCAGGAGUGUGUGAAAACCGUCAUAUUCAGAAGAAGGAGCAUAUCAGUUGGGCGGACGAACGGAUCAAGAAAAGAAGGCAAAAACUGCGGCAUUGAGUUGAUCAAGUCAAGAAUUAGAUGGAGCCGGCAGGAGUUCCGCAUGGGAGAAAGAGCUAAAGACCCCACCACCAACUGUGAAGGGCAGGAAUGACAUUUCAAAGAUGAUGGUACCCUAGGGAUCAGAGCCCCACUACUCUCUAUAUAAAUGAAGCCCAACACAAGAAAAAAAAGGAGGUUCCCAAGUUUUCGGUGGGGGGGUCUCACAAGCGCUUAGUUAGAACAUCUUUAGGAAUUCAACUCUCUUCUAGGGUUGAAAUCAGAGCUCUUAUUACCUCAUGUUUCUUGAUUCCAGUUACACGCACUUGGUUCCAUUUUAGUUUAGUUCAGUUGGUGUUUGGUGCUGGUUUUUACGUUUUCAAGUGUUGGUUCUGUAUUCCGCUUCCAUGAGAAGCGAUGAAGCAAUUACCUGCUUUCGUUGUUUAUUUUCAGUUUAUUUGUUUUAGUAAAUCCAGAGUUAUGUUUUCAA